CAUCUCUCUGUGGAAGCUCCAUUUUCACUCCCAAUAAACACUCCGAAAAGCAGAGCAAUCAGUUCUUUCCAUCUCAUCUCCUUUGAAAUGGCAAAAUCUCCAGAGACCGAGCACCCAGUUGGCGCCUUUGGAUGGGCUGCCCGAGACACAUCCGGAACUCUUUCACCUUUCAAGUUCUCAAGGAGGGCGACUGGCGAGAAGGAUGUCCAGUUCAAAGUGUUGUACUGUGGGAUCUGUCACUCUGAUCUCCACAUGAUCAAGAAUGAAUGGGGCUUCACUGUCUAUCCUAUCGUGCCAGGGUAACUCUUAAAUCCAUCCCCAAUUUAUUUGUCUCUAUAGACGCUGUUUGGACGCUUUUAUGUUAUUUUACAAUUCCGUUCAUUGGAAUCCUCAUCACGGUCUCGUUUCAUCCUUACUUGUGAUUUUGUUUUUACCUUUUAGCGUUUUUAGAUUUGCUGGAAUGAUAUGUUUCUCUUGCUUUCUUGUCUUGUGGUUAAAAAAUUAUGGGUUUUAUUCUCCGUAAGCGUGCUUAUGGGAUUUAUUUAUAUGAGUUGUUGAUGGAAGGGGUCUACCUUCAAAAAGUUACAAGUGACAUCUAGAUUGUAAAGUUUGCUUAUGCAUUUUCUAUUAGUAUAAUUCGGAAGUUCUGUUCCCGUUGUAAUUGUCUGUGAAACGACAUGAGCCGAUUUAAUCAUGGCAAAUUAUGUUUUUGGCAUCGUAAAGCAAAAUUUGCAUCAACUUAUAGCGCUUAACCGACAUGUUUUUCUUGAAAUAAUAAUAAUGAAGAAGAAAGCUGCUUUGUUAAUUUUUUUUUCCUCCUAUUUCAAUUUGAUGACGUCUAUGUGGUCUGUUGGCUACUGAAUUUAUUAAUGUAGGCAUGAAAUCGUGGGUGAGGUAACAGAGGUUGGAAGCAAGGUUACCAAAGUUAAGGUUGGUGAUAAGGUUGGGGUCGGUUGCCUUGUUGGAUCAUGUGGCAGCUGUGACAUGUGUUCCAAGGAUCUUGAACAAUACUGCCCGAAGCAAAUUCUCACAUACGGCGCCAAGUAUCAUGAUGGAACCAUCACUUAUGGAGGUUACUCUAACCUCAUGGUUGCUGAAGAGCACUUCAUCGUUCGCUGGCCUGAGAACUUCCCCCUUGAUAAGGGUGCUCCACUACUAUGUGCUGGGAUCACAACUUACAGCCCCUUGAGAUAUUUUGGAUUGGACAAACCUGGAAUGCAUGUUGGUGUAGUAGGGCUUGGUGGUCUUGGGCAUGUGGCUGUUAAAUUUGCCAAGGCGUUUGGGGCUAAGGUGACAGUGAUCAGCACAUCUGAAAGUAAAAAGAAGGAAGCCCUUGAAAAGCUCGGUGCAGAUACAUUCUUGAUCAGCAAAGAUCCCGAGGCAAUGCAGGCUGCAGUUGGGACUUUGGAUGGUAUAAUUGAUACUGUUUCUGCAGUUCACCCGGUGAUUCCAUUGAUUGGUUUACUCAAGGCUCAUGGGAAGAUGAUAAUGGUUGGUGCACCAGAGAAACCACUUGAGGUGGCUACAUUUCCGCUUAUAAUGGGGAGGAAGACGCUGUCAGGAAGUGCCAUUGGGGGUCUAAAGGAGACGCAGGAGAUGAUAGAUUUCGCGGCAAAGCACAACAUAUUGGCAGAUGUUGAGGUGAUCAACAUGGACUACGUCAACACAGCUAUGGAGCGGUUGGUGAAAGCUGAUGUGAAGUACCGCUUUGUAAUUGACAUGAGCUCAUUGAAAACGGCCUAAGGUGGAUGGGAUGGAUGGAAGUUAGUAACUAUUAUUUAUGGAGUCGAAUUUGUUAUGGAGUUUGUCAUUAUUAUGGAUUCGUAUUUGAUGAGAUGUAGAAGUUGUUAAGAAGUGAUGAUAAUGAGUAUUGAGUACAUUAUCUCCAGAGUCCAGACUCCAGCAAGUUUGGCAAAAUUGUUGUUUUUUCCCAUUGUGCUUGUAGUAGUGGAACACCAUUUUUGUUUUAAUUUUUUUUUCUUCUGGUUGGUGGUGGAAAGUGGAAAACUCCGCCCAUUCUUAUGGAUGGGAGUUGUAGCAGUAAAAUGAUAUCAAUAAAGAGUCUUUUGGAUCAUGUAAAUCAAACAAGUAUGUUGACGCAUGUUUUUCAUUUGUCGAUUUUUUUUUAUUAUUAUUAUUAUUAUUACUUUGAUAACUCAUUUGGAGAUGUUUUUAAUCACCUUGUCUGAUUUAAUUUCCAGAUGGACCCACUCUCCCUCUUGUUUGGUGUUGGGUGGCGAAAGCACGACAUUAAUUUCACCGCAAUAUUAACAUUUAUUUUGUCUGUGCAGAGUCGCCUGUAUUUUAUUUAUUAUACUACAGUAUCAUUUUGAGGUGCC